CUCCGAGUCAGUAGGUGGCGCGUCAGUUUGGCUGUCAAACGCUGUGUUGGUUGAAGAGCGAGGGUGGUGCGACGAGGAAGAGCAGCUCGACUACCUACUUGGGACUGUGUCGCAGCUAGCUUUCAUCUAAUCGACGGUUGGUAUUUGAUUGUUUACUCACUUCCAAAGAUGGUUCGACCACAUUUUGGACCACCACGCUUAAAGCCCAGACCUUACGGAGAUGGUCAUGGCAUUGGCCCUAGUGAAGGGAAUUACAACCCCAACUCCAAAAGUCGAAGAGAUGUCCAGGCCUACCCAGCAAAGGCCCCUUUUAACUGGAGAGAAUCCAGAGGUAGAGGACGACCCCCAGUUACCAGAAGAGUCCCCCUGAUGGGAGAGCAAAGGGAGCCACGUUUCAAUCACUGGAGGUCCCUAAAUCAGGAUUCCUUUCAAUCAUACCCUCCCAAAAUGGAACCACACCAUAGCCAGAGGAGGCCUUCUCCAUCUAGGCAAAACCGCUCCCCCCAUGUCCAGCAUCAGUCAUCCUCUCGCAGUCCUGCACAAGGAUCCCUAAGUCAAAGGGGCCCACCUUUCCAUGGCCACCCCUCAGGUCACAGGUCACCCUCCCCAAGACAUUUUCGCAACCACCCAGCUGACAGGAGGCCAGGCUCUACACCAGCCUACCAGGGGUCUUUCAGGGGCAACAAAAGGCAGUCAGGUUUUCAGCAUCAGGAGCAGCGGAGUCGAGACCCACGUGGGAAUUACACUCCCAGAGAAAGGCCCAAUGAGCAGUUAGGUCAUGGCAUGAAGCGCUGGAACGAGGCCGGAGCAUUCUCUCAUCCACACAAUGGAGAGCAUGGGCCCUCUGGGUCACAGAGGAGCCCCAGAGAGAUGCAUGGGAGAGGCUCAUGUCCAGAGAGGUACAGGAGUGAAGCAACAAUCCCAGCUGGGUGGUCAUCUGAGCAAGACUCCAGACGGCAGCGUGGUCCAGUGGAGAGGCAGGGCAGCAGAUCCCACAGUAGAGAGAGGGCACAAGAUGUCCCUCACCCGCCCCCCUUCAGAUCCAACCAAUGGAAAGGAGGUCCAUCACAGUCAUCCUCCUACCACAGGAGCCCUCAGGAGAGGCAAGUGGCAGGACCCCGCAAGAGGAGGAUAUCAGACAUCAGCAUGACCUCAGACCCUGCACUGGAGCAUGGCAAUUCCAAAUACCCCAGGAGAGAGAGACCUCAGCUGCUCAGUAUCCCCAGGCCAUUUGGUGGUAAACCUUUGUCUCUUAGGGAUAAAAGUUACCUGGUUAAGAGCAGACAAAUCAGAGCAGAAUCUCUCAUGAGGCUCAGAAUACCUCCAUCUGUGAAACCCAGGCCUCGCUUGGGCGACUCACGGGGAAAUGUUAGCUCUGUUUUUGCUAUCAGGAAGAAACGUUUCCAGUCAAAUGCAGUUCCCCUGAAAAACCUGGAACCAAGGAGGGCAAAACCACAACAGUCACCCCGCAGGGAAGAAGGCAAUGCCAGCAAGUCUUCAAGAGACUCUGAUACAGGCAAAGAACAGGUGGAGUCUCGCCGGUCCAUGAACACACACAGGUCUUCUCCCAUAGAGAAACGUGACCUUGUUGUUUUGUCCCACUGGCCACCUGGGCCAAGCUCCUCCUCUAAGGACAGCUCACCUCCGAAAGGUCGCAGCCCAAAACUAAAAUCUGAACGCAGUUCAGAUGCCACACUGAACAGCCGACUCUCAAAGACAAAUGAUUCCAGAGCAUCGCCUGAAGACCGAAAACGGGACUAUUUGGAUAAGAGGAUGUUUAGGCCAUUUAAUAUGAUGCAGGACAGCCACAGAUCUGGGAGGCCCUUCAGGAGACCAGGGCCAGGACCCAUGCAGAGACCAAGGUUCACUGGUGGUCCAAGGAAGACAGGCCCUGAACUGUCCGGAAAUGUUAGAAGACCACUCAUGGAGAGUUUAGUGCCACGUCCCUUCCCAAAUCAGAGGCCAGUGUUCCGAAAAAGUCACAAUAUCAUGUCCAAAUACCGCAACAUGAGAGUGAUGCGUCAGCGUCCACCGUAUAACCGAGGACCCAACCAACAACGCUGGUGAUAACCUCCGCACAGGUCCCACAUUCUGCAGACGUGAUACUGGAAAACAUGAGAAAUAUCUCAUCGAGAUCUUCUCUUCUGGGUGUGGACCACACAAACCCUUCUUUCACUACAAUCCCAACCUGCUUGUAUAUUGUGGAAGUGUUUGUUCUCUGGUACAAAUGUUUCAGUUGCAUCUUUAAAGUACUGCAGUACUUUUGUUUUAGAAUAUUUGUAACAUAUACCACCACAUUAUAUUGUCCUGCUUUUGUCUUGUGUAUAAUUAUUUGGGAAUUGCUGCUUGUGAUCUUGGCAGUGUUCAUUUUGCAGAAGUAGUUUCAGCAUUUUCUUUGACAAGCAGCAUUCGAUUUCAGGUUUAUUAAGUCCAAGAAAUGUUUACUUUAAUAUCUCAACUUUAUUGUUUGUAAAGACUUAUCACAUGAGAUGUCCUAUUUGAUUAAUCAUGGGUGUUUUGAUUAGAAACUGCUGCUUGUCGAAUGACUCUUAGCUACUACUUGUAAAACUUGUAUAAUCACAUGUUUUUUGUUUGAGACUUGAAAUAAAAUCAGAUUUAACAAGC